GGAGGGAGUGGAAGCGAAGGCGGGAGGCUUCUCCGCGCCACUAGCGCAAGGUACGCUGUUGAAGAUCUCGGGGGUGGAAAUUCUCGAGCCAAGGCGCCAGCGCUUUGAUCUUCGCGGUUUCUUGGAGCGCAAUGGUGUAGUCGGGGACAGGCCUGGGAAAUAUGAAGAAAAGAAGGCGAUUGGAGUAGUGCUGGAUGCUACAUUGGUGUGGAUCAUGCUUGCCGCUGGCGAGCGUGAGCAGAGAGCUGGAUGGGGAGUUUAGAAUUUCGGCUAGACAAUGGAGGACGCUAUACAGCAGCUGUGUGCGAAGGACACCAAGGAGAGGAUGGCCGGGGUGGAAAGGUUGCAAACGCUUCUAGAGAAUAGCCGGAAGGGCCUGUCGGUGACGGAAGCUAGCCAUCUUGUGGACGCUACGUUGGGUCUUCUCAAGGACAACAACUUUAAAGUAUGCCAGGGAGCUUUGCAAGCGCUGGCUCUGGCCGCGGCACUCGCGGGCGAGCACUUGAAGUUCCAUUUCAACGCUCUCUUGCCGGCGGUCGUGGAAAGGCUCGGAGAUGGAAAACAGCCCGUGAGAGAUGCUGCGCGACGGUUGCUGCUCGCGCUCAUGGAGAUAUCAUCUCCGUCGACGAUCGUUGAGCGCUCUGGGAAUUGUGCGUGGACGCACAAGAACUGGCGGGUGCGGGAGGAAUUUGCUCGCACCGCUGCUUCUGCUAUCAACUUGUUCUCUGCGAAUGAGCUUCAAAGGCUUCUACUUCCGCCGAUCUUGCCCUUGUUGGAAGACUCAAAUACGAGCGUGAGAGAGGCAGCUAUGAUGUGUGUAGAGGAAAUGUAUCGGCAAGGUGGUAUACAGUUCAAAGAGGAGCUGCAACGCCAUUCUCUACGAGCCAGUCAGCUCAAGGAUAUUUUGUCUAGAUUUGACAAAAUAGUUAUCAAGACGCAAAAUCUUUCGUUGGCGCCGGAGCCCAAACACUCCUCAACUGGAAAUCGCCGAAAUAGUCCGAAAGCAAAGUCUUCCCUUGAGAUUCCCAGUACUGGUAAGGUAUUCUUGCUGUUGUCCUGCUGCGAAGACAAAAUUUGCCUUCAUGCAGUUGAAGCUGAAGCGAGUGAUAAACCGGUGGAACCUAUUCGAGUUUCUUCUGACAGAGAUUUGGCAAAAGAAAUAGAAAAGGUAGCCAGCAUGCUUACUCCAGAGCGAGACUGGUCUGUCCGCAUAGCGGCCAUGCAACGGGUGGAGGGACUUGUUGCUGGAGGUGCUGUGGAGCAUAUGUGUUUUCCAUCUCUCCUCAAACAGCUCGUUGGGCCUCUUUCUCUCCAGUUAUCUGACAGGCGGUCUAGCAUAGUUAAACAGGCAUGUCAUCUGAUGAAUCUCUUGUCCAAGAAUUUGCUGUCCGACUUCGAAGCUAUAGCGGAGGCCAUUAUACCGGUUUUAUUUAAGCUGGUUGUUAUAACAGUAUUGGUGAUAGCUGAAUCCGCUGACAAUUGCAUCAAAACGAUGCUUCGGAAUUGUAGAGUGGCUCGUGUACUUCCUCGUAUUGUUGACUCUGCAAAAAAUGAUCGGAAUGCCACUCUAAGAAUGAGGUGUUGUGAAUAUGCGUUGGUAGUGUUAGAACGAUGGGCGGAUUCUCCUGAAAUACACCGGGCAGCUGACUUGUUUGAGGAUUUGAUAAGAUAUUGCGUUGGGGAUGCCAUGAGCGAGGUUAGAUCCAUGGCAAGGUCUUGCUAUCGGCGCUUUGCAAAAACAUGGCCUGACCGUUCUCGUCGACUGUUUUCAACAUUUGAUCCUGUCAUCCAGAAACUGCUUAACGAAGAGGAUGGCAGCGUCCCGAAACGGUAUACUUCUCCUACUCGCGAAAGAGGCCAUCAUCUGAGAAAUUCGGCUUCCGUAACUGUAAAUACAGUCGUGCCGCCGCCAACAACGCAGCUGGAUAGGAGCGUCAACUCUUCGACGUCGGGAAAUUUUCUCAAUCAUAGAAGAUCCGCGGAACAACUUGCCGAACGUAAUUUAGAGAAUGUUCUCCAAGCUAGUCAACAACAAGUAAAUGCCAUCGAGACGAUGCUUAAAGGUAUGGACGUUCCUGAUAAGGCGGUGGUUUCAACUACGGCUCGAUUAAUUGGAAAGGAUCCAGUCGGUGGAAGUUACCGAAAAAUUCACGCUCCUGGACGUGUUAAUGUGGAUCCUCCGUCUGCCCGGGAUCCACCCCAUCCCGCAUCUGCGCCAGCAGCAAAUAUCGUUAGUAAUCGGGCACCGUCCUUGCCAUCCAAUUUCCGUGGGGGUCUGAGUUGUCCUUCCGAAGCUUUGCAGCAGUCCUUUACGGAUCAUGGAAGAUCAGCGAGGGAAACCAGUGGAAACGUUGCAAAGAGAGUGCCGAUGACCACUGAAAGAUCGAGUCAAACUUUGUCCGGCGAGCCUAUUGACGUGAAGGGGCCGAAGCGCAUUCUAAGGACUGAACCUGUGCAAGAAGGCAUACCGGGUUUCCAGCGACCUCUCAUGCGCAGCUUGAUAUCUGGGAAGUCUUCGGUGAGCAGUAGAAGCAGUGUCGAAGAGGCUCAAGCGUCAUACUCAGAACCUUUCACCUGCUUGGACGGGCUUAUGUCACUGAACGACGCGUUAACGGAGGGCCUUAGCAUGAACGCGGACUGGUCAGCUAGAGUUGCAGGCUUUACAUAUCUUCGGAAGCUUCUACAGCAAGGACCAAAGGGGCUACAUGACGUGAAUCAGAACUUUGAGAAGGUUAUGAAACUGUUUUACGAGCAUCUCGACGAUCCGCACCACAAAGUUGCACAGGCAGCCUUGUCAACACUGGCCGAAGUCGUACCUCCUUGCAGAAAGCCUUUUGAGGCUUACUUGGAGAGAAUCCUUCCUCGAGUUUUCGCGAGACUUAUAGACGGUAAAGAAGCUAUCCGCCAGCUUGGUACGUCAGCUUUGGAGAUCAUCGGCAACAUAUAUUCGAUCGACUCGCUACUUCCGGCCUUGUUAAGGUCACUGGACGAGCAGCGUUCUCCCAAGGCAAAGAUGGCUGUCGUUGAGUUUGCGAUUGCCGCUUUUGCAAAGCUGGCUCUCAACGGUGAGGCUCCUGGAGGCAGUGGUAUGCUCAAACUCUGGCUUGGAAAACUAGCUCCUCUUGCGAACGAUAAGAACCCCAAGCUAAAAGAGACGGCUGUUACUGGCAUUAUCUCCGUUUAUUCACACUUCGACUCCGCGACGGUCUUAAAUUUCAUCUUGGGACUGUCGGUUGAAGACCAAAGUAUUUUACGACGAGCCUUGAAGCAGUACACUCCGAGAAUCGAAGUCGAUCUUAUGACAUACCUGCAAAACAGAAGCCAAAGAGCAAGGUUCAAGACGGCAACCGACCAUGACGAGCUUCCAACGCCUUCGGAAGAUAACUCUGCCGGAAUGCAAGUGAAAAACUCAAAGGUUCAGCCAGUGAACAACGAAGGUAAUGGUUUGAAGCGGAAUUCCAUGCACUCGGACAGGCUGGGUGACUUCGAGCCAGGCAAGCUUUUCCACUCGGACUACGACAUGUAUGUCAGUACUGAAGAUCCAAUAGGUCAUGCUCGGGAGGUGCACCAUGUGGACACAACGAGUCCGGACAAGUCUGUUCGAAACAGCGACGCAAGGAGCAUUCCGCUUAAUCCGAUGGGAUUUGUGGACUCUCGGAUGGUUCCUUCUUCGACAGUUGAUCAGGAUGUCUACAAAACUCAUACCACCGGGUAUGAGUAUUUGUACGAAGAAUUGCACCGUAAGCCGCACAGGGGGACACAUCUAGAUACUGGCCCAGGCAGACUGCUGCAAAAGCUCUUAAACUGGAUGGAAGUACCCGUUUAUGAAAAACGCGAAGCCUUUCAGGAGCUUUUGCAGUUGCUGCGCUCAAACGACUUUACUCUUUGGUCGCAGUAUCCGAACCAGAUAUUGUCAAUGAUACUGGAGGCUUUCGAUGACCCCGACUCACAAUUGAGGGAGAUAUCGCUAACAGCGAUAUCCGAGAUUGUCACUAUUCAGAAAGCGCUGAUAGAGAACAGCACCGAAAUCAUCCUAGAGAAACUUAUACAUGCCACGAAAGAUCUGUCAGUAAAGGUUUCUACCAUCGCUGACCGUUCUUUGAGCGCCGUGCUAUCCCAAUGUAAUCCUCAACGGUGUCUUGGUGUUGUGAUGCCUCUUUUGGUUAGUGACGAUGAUAAGACUCUUGUCACUUGCAUUAGCUGCCUGACAAAGCUUGUCACUCGACUUCCUCAAGAGGAGCUCAUGGCACAACUCCCGUCUUUCUUGCCAGCAUUGUUUGAUGCUUUUGGCAAUCAAAACGCCGAUGUUCGAAAGACCGUCGUCUUCUGCUUAGUUGAUAUUUACAUCGUACUUGGGAAAGCCUUUGUUCCGUACCUCGGAAGCCUCAGUAGCACCCAGCUACGACUUGUAACAAUUUACGCGAACCGCAUAUCACAGGCCAGAACUGGCGCAACUUUGGACACACAAUAACGACUGGCAAACCCAGUCAAUCUGUCAUCAUGUACAGUAACGUGUAACAACACUGACCAAGCCUUCAAUUUUUGCAAUGAACGUACGUCUUCACGCUUGUUUUU